UUUGAACGUAUAACAAACUGGAUCUUUUGACAUAAAGCUCUGUGUAUAUCUAGAUUAAAACGAGAGAAAAAGUGUAAACGAACACUUACAUUAGAAUCAUUCAACUGAUUAAUUAUAUAAACAUACGCUGAUGAUUCAAGCAGAGGUUAAUCUGAAAUUAAACAAAUGAAAUUUGUAUAAGUGUUAGUGGAAGUCGUUGGAGGAAAAUGGUGAUUGACCGUCCGAAGUUAUAGAAACAUUUGACGCGUUUGUAUGACGGAACUUCCGGGAAAUCAGGAUGUUGUUCGAACCUAAAAAUCGGAGUAUGUACGAAUAAAUUUGGUGUGUAAAUAUACUAUAAUGGAUGGUUAUUAUUAACAAAACAAGGGUUUGAUAUUGCAAAAGAUUUGGAUGAUUUGUUAAAGACGUUUGUGCAUAACAAAACAUUAAGUGAUAACGACUCUGGUAUAAAGUUAAAACAAGUUUUCAUCUUCAUGUUUUACAUUGAUUACAUACUGAUAACGAAUAAUUAUCGUGAAAAUCUUCCGAGUUUGGUCAGGGAGUGUAUAAAAUCUUUAAGGCUUAUUUUUAUAUUAAGCUCAAGAUGAAAGAUUUAUAAUACAAGUUUCAGUUUUAAAGUUCUAGCAUUCUGAAAUUGCAGGUAUAUUCGUUCCAAAAUUUCAGAAACAUCUUCAAAUUAUAAUAAGAGGAAAACAUUUCUGUAUUGAUCAACAUGAUAUGUUUAUGGAGUUAGUUUAAACAGAAGGAUUCCACUUUGUUUAGAAUGUUAGAAUAACUAUCGCUAUCUUGGGAGUACACCCGAAAGAAAAUCAAACAUUUUUGGAGAUUAAGUUGCCUGAAAUAAGUUUAAAAAGCAGUGAUUUCAAGUAAUGAUCAUGUCACUGGAAAUUUAACGUAAAAAUAUUAAAACUGAAUGGAAAGAUAAAUGAACCUUAUUGAAUAUAUGAACAUUUGCGUGGAAUCAUACAUCACAAUUAAUUUACUUAGUAUUUGUGUGGAAUAAAUAAUGCAUCAUAUUGAACUAAAGGAAAUUUGUGGAAUUAUAAAUAUUUCACAACAAAUGUAAUUAGAUCAGAAAAAUAUUCAGUCUCUAGUAGACUUCAUUGAAAUCAUAUUGUUUGAAAGUAUUUUUGAACAUUUCUUGUAUUUAGAAGAUUUAUAAUGUAUACAACAAUACCGAAGGACUGGAGGAAUGGGUUUGAUUCAAACGUUACAAUUCAGGAAUUAAACACGGCUCUUGUGCAGCUACAUAUUCCGGCUAUAGUGUUUGUAGCAAUUCUGAUGGUGUUUGGUGUGUUCGGCAAUAUCUUGGUACUCUAUAUAUUUACCACAAAGUAUUAUAUAUCUACAUAUAGGGGAUUUAUCCUUUGGUUAGGAUGGAUAGACCUUAUAGCAUGUACUGUCGGUAUGCCAUUGUUAAUUGUCAGUAUGCUUUAUCCGUAUAUGUUUCCCUCAGAAGAAGCGUGCAAGACAUUAAGAUUUCUACACGUGUUUUUCGUGGUCAGUUCAGCUUUUAUCGUGAUUGCUAUAGCCAUAGAGAGACAUAGGAGAAUAUGUAACCCCUUUUCUAUAGAAAUGACAACAAAUAAGAUAAAGAUAAUGUGCUUGGUGGCGUCUGUCCUAGGCUGUCUUGUUGCUGUUCCGGCGAUAUUUGUCUAUGGCGACGCCGUCGUGGAAACUGGCGUGCAUAAUAUCACAGGAUUGGAGUGUUUCAUUGAUUCCGACGCUGAAUCGUCGGAUUGGCCACAGGCCUAUUUCAUUUUUCAGCUGUUAUUGAGUGUAAUUUCAAUGAUAAUUUUGGGGAUAUUCUAUUUUCGAAUAGGAGCCAGAAUAUGGUACCAUGACAAGUUUCUUAGAGACAAUACGUACACAAGGAAAUGCCACUCUGGAAAAAUAAAAGGAAAAGAAAAUGGUAAACAACACAUCUCCAAGAAAAAGUAUGUCAUCCAAAACGGUCGUGCUAAUAAAAAAGCGAUAUGUUCUCCGGAGUGCUACAACAAGGGGAGGGACAAUGGUAGUAAAGGCAAAGACAAAGGCCCAAUAGCUACGAUUAGAACGCCACUAGAUGACCCAAAAAUAAGAGAAAGUCUUUACGAAGACUUGAUGAAAAAGGUUGUGACAUUAAAUGAUACAUCUCGAGCUAAUUCUCCAGUUCCAUUUGAUUGUUCACGAGAAUCUACGCCAAAACUAGAGCGUGUCAACAGGCAACAAGGUGAAGUGGAUGACAACAGGAGUUGCAUAAAUAGUGGUCCUAGCUUACGGACAAAGCAGGUCACGUUUAUGUUAUUUGUAAUAACUGUUGUGUUUGUGCUCUGUUUCAUACCACAUUUAGUGCUCAUGGUCAUUAAUUCAAUGGAUUCUUCAUUUGUAAAUGGCAUGUCGCCAAUUGGGGUUGUCUUUUAUAACAUAUUUUUACGGUCAUUCGUGAUAAACAAUAUGGCAAACCCGUUGAUUUACGGAUUCUGUGAUAAAAAAUUCCGACUAGAGUGUGCUAAUCUUGGAAGGAACAUACUUUCUUGUGGAAGAAACUGAACAAAAUGUUUGAUCUCUGAAAUCAUUUUAUACGAUAUCUUAUCACAUGCCGUCGGUUAAUGUUGAUUGUAGUAUAACCAUAGGUUUUUGUUUUUGUUUUUGGCUACGUUUAGUAUAUACAUUAAAAAAGACGAGUUUCUGUUUAUUUUCGGUAUUUUCUGCCAUUAUUUAAAAGCAUGUGAUAAAUAGAAUCAUACAUAUGUUGUAAUUUCAUAUAUAUAUUGAGAUUAAUUCUGCUUAAGCCGGUGCUAGGGGGCGUGGACGGUAACUUGCACUUUCAAGUACCGUCCAUGAACAAGCUUAAUCAAACCGAGCCUGCAACAUUUUCAAUUUUGUUGUGUUGUACUUUCUUUAGGGAUUCUGCUUUUCUCUAUUCUAUUGAGAAAUGUAAUUUAGCUGUAUAAAUGAAUUAUCCUAUUGUAGUUAAUGAAAGUCAUCUCCGAAUGAAUAUUACUAAACAGAAAUGUUGUAAAUUAAUUUGAAAUAUAUCUCUUCCUGUGAUUCAAAAACGAGUUUACCAAAUAGAGUAGAAUGAAAAAUAUCUCAGUCACAUCGGUGUAGAAAUUUAUAUUACUUUAUUUCUUUGAAAGUUUAACAGAUUCACGUUUUUUUUUAAUCAGACAUUAUAGCCUUAAUUUUACCAAAAGUUUCAACAAGGGUAAGGAGAAUUAAGGUCAAGGUUAAAUAUAUUUGCUUGCUUUUAUCUGGAGUUUGUCUUUUAUAUAUUUACAAACAGUCUGUCCUGGUGCAGAUUGUUUAUAUGAACAGAAAGCAAAAAUAUGGCAUUCUAUUUUAUAUUCUUUUAUAUCAUUGAUUCCAGUUGCAAUUAUUUACUUAAUUCCUUACUAAAACGACGGUGGUAUUAUAAUAUUCAUAAAUAAUGUGACAUGUAUAUACAGGUACAUGUAAAGGGCUGAGUCGGGGGGGGGGGGAGACUUUUCCAGCUUAAGAUGCAUUGUCAUAAAGUUUUGUUUCUUUUGUUUCAUUUUUAUGUCUUUCGUUUUUCGCUUGUAUAAUUAUCACAGAAUCGGAAAACAUAUUUAUAUCUUUAUUUUUCUUCGUACAAACCGAUUGGAAAGACAAUAUGUAUUAGUAUUGCAUACAAUUUGAGGUCCAGGAUGACAUUGCUUGUAAAGUAAUUUCAUCAUGUUUCCGUUGAAUAAGUAAAUAUUUGAUUGAAAUAGAAAUAUGUGUAUGAUUAAAGGGUCAUAGGGAGAGUACCUUGUUUUGGCUCCCGUAGCUCUAACUAGAGAACGGAUUACAAAGACAAUUUUCUAUACCCUUUUUGCAAACCUUAAUUAGUGAUAUGCAUUCGAGUAAAAUGAAAGUUCGAGAUUCAGAUACUCAGAUAAUAACCUCUUGUCACUAACCCAUUACGAACGUUUAUUUAAAGUUUGCUUUUUAGUUGGGAUGUAGUCUCCAAUAGUGCACUUCCUAUCCCGAAAUUUCCAUUCGUACACGGUAACGCCGUCUGCAGUGACGUUUCAUCACCAUUAUAUAUUCUAUUUUUGUUUUUAAGGAGAAAAAACUUUUUGUCCAUGAUAUAAAUGAACUUGUCAUGUAGUAAACCUUCUUCUUAUACCAAGUUAAUAGGUUCAAAAUGACAAUUACACACAAUGAGUUCGUCUCAAAGAAGAAGAAUAUUUUUGUUCAUACAAUGGUCGUUUUGGUAUUUUCCACACACAAAAAAAACAGUUGGCUGUUAUUUUCUUCUGGUUUUUGACAAAAAAUAUAUAUUUAAUGUUUCAAAAUGACAAAAAUAUACUCAUUAAAUUUAUUUUUAAUGUAUUAAAAUAGGGAUUUAAUAGUUGAGUAACUAAGGACAUUUGUUCUAUAAAAAUGACAAUGAAAGUGAAGUAGUUUAAAAACUUGUUUAAAAAAUGUAAAUGAAGUAGACAACAUUAUGACUGUUUUAUGUGCAAAGCAAAGAAUUUUGAAUACACGGCGUUUCCUGAUGAUGGUUGUUUAUUUAUAGAUUUCCAUGAUACCAACUUUAAGUAGCCAAUGAAAUAAUUACAAUAUAGACUUCCUGCCGUGCUCUAAACCGGUAAACACAGUAGAGAUACUGACUAUAAUUCUCUGUAGAAUUUUACAUGUAUGUGUGUAUUGUAAUUGAAAGUAUAUCUACUGAAUUAUUUAAAGAUCCUGUAACACAUUUUUAUGGUUUUAAAUCAUAAAUAUGAUGCUCACAUUAAGAUUUAUCAAUAUUGUAAGUUCCAAAAAGCAUUAUUUAUAAAGAUAUUACCGUAUUUAUCAUUUCA